AUGACGGUAUUGGAACAACUUCGAAAAAGAUUCACUAGUAAUCUUGAAUCUCAUCAGAUUGAUGAGGAUUAUACAGUACCAGUUCGUCAUAAUUCAUCUACAACUUCUAUAAACCUUCAUGCCAAUAAUAAUAAUAAUGGGAAUAAUGGAAAUCAUAUCCAUCGAAGUAGUAUGGGAGAUAAUGAAAUAUAUAAUUCUCAACAUUUUGAUCCUGAUGAAUCAGUUCCAUCCUAUGAAACAUCACAAUUUUUACAUCAACAUCAAUAUACAUCAACUAAUUCUAUGCCUCAAUCGGCCAAUUUAUCGAGAAAUAGUUCAUUGAUCUCAACUGAUACCAUGUUUCAUGCCAUGCAUUAUAAUUCAGUACCUAUACCCCCAUCAUUAAUCCCAUCCAUAUCAGCUGCAUCAACGAUUGGAAUUUCAUCUUCCCAUCAACCGCCCCCACCCCCACCACCUACACAACAUUUACCACCUCCUUUACCAUCAAGUUCAGCCACUAUAGUAGCUAAUUCUCGAAAAGCAGAAUUGAAAAAAUCAUCCUUAAAACAAUUGGGUUUGAAAUUCCUUAAUGCAAGACAACAUUUCGCAUUAGCAUUAUCAAGAGAUGUAUCAUUAUUACCACCAUUAAUUGGUUUAGUUCAAUCAUGGUCCCGAAUGAUCGAUCAUUCAGAAGAACCCAUCGAUGCCACCAAUCUAGAAUUAAUCAAAUCAUUAACUAGUGCAAGAGUAAGUGAACAUUUCUUAACUGGAUUAUGGUGUAUUGUAGCAGCAUAUUUAUCAUAUUCGGUGUUAGAUGGAUUAAUUAUUCGUUGGAUUGUGAUUUAUCUGACUCCAGCUGCUAUUGUAAGAGUAUUAUCUAUGUCUGCUAUUAUCAUUACGGCAGAAAGAUAUUUAGUGUCGACCUUUUCAGCUGAUGGAUAUCGAUAUGGAUUACAUAUUUGGAUUUUAAUAAGUUGUUGUUUAACUUUAACUUAUAUUGGACAAAAUUUCGUUACAUCAAAUUUAGAAUUAAAAAAGUCCAAUCCUCUAUCAGAGCAGAAUUCACCUAUCACAAUGUCAUCAAAUAAUAAUGCAUUAUCAUACAAUCAAACAUCGUCAUCAUCAUCAUCAUCACAGCAACAACAACCCCAAGUACAAAAGACAAGAGCAAGAUUUUUUGACUUUUAUAAUAUCGUCGUAUUUGCCGUGGUACCGGUUGGAUUAGCAAGUUUUAUUACUAUGAUAGGAUUAUUACGAUCAUUAUUGAUCUUAAGAAUCGAUAUUGAUCAAAGUUUCGGUAGUGGAUCUUAUUUUUAA